GCGAAAGAACUGCAGUUUACAUGGAUGCGUUGAUAACAACUGUCAACAAUGUGUAAACUCGUACGAUCUAUCACAUGAUAAAGAAACGUCUACAACGGAUAAUUUACCAUGAUGGAGUAGCAUAGAGAAAGGGAUGAGGUUGUCUGUGAUGAGAAACAGCUAGAGAGAUGAGCACAAACGGCACAACACCAGCAGCUGAAUCUGAUGCUGUUGUGCUGAGUGGAGGCGUGAUAUUUAUCAUAAUAUUUGGUGCCACCUCUAUAUUCUUCUUCUCGAUUAUGACAGUUGUGUGUGUUGGAGAAUUUAAGGAGUAUAGGUCUAGACGAAGAAGACCUUCUGGACCAAUUGAGAAUGGUAAUUAUCCUAGACAACCACCUCCCCUUACUGUGCCCCCAGUGACAAACCCCACCGUUGCUGGGGCCAAUUAUCCAAGGCAGCCACCAGAUUCAGGGGCAGAUAACCACCAUGACAAUAUCUCUACAGUUAAACCUGUAGAAGAGACCGUAGCAUCUGGCCAAUCAGAUGCUGAGAAUAAAUCUGUGAUAGUGAGUAAGGAGGGAAAGGAGGGAUCCAGCACCAAUGGGGACAUAAUCGUGCUUCAUCAAACACCAAGGAAAAAACACUCCCAACUGAAGCCACUAGAGCUGACAAAGCCAGGGACACAAAGUUCUAAUCCAGAGACAAUAUUCUCACCAAGACCAAUAACAGAUGAUGGUGUGACCACAGUUGCCUUUAUUCAACCUACACCACCCCUCCCAUCUAUAUCUUCCAACAUCAGCCAGUCAGAUGUUACCCCUGUUGUCAGCUCCUAGAAAUGUUUUAGUAUGAUAUUGAGAUCAAUGUCUUUUAGGUGAUUGUUGUACAAAAACCACAUCAUGUAUAUCAUUGUUGAUUGUGAUGUUUUAUUAUGAAGAUUGAGAUAUCAAUAUGUUUUUUUUUUCAUUUUCAUAGCAUAUUAUUUUGUUAUUUAAUCAACCUUUGAAAUUAAGUUUUAAAUGUUAUAGUAAUUUUCACGAUAUGUGUUUCAUAAAAUAGAAUUUUUAUCUUACACAGAGUUUAAAACAUUUUAAGUAACUGAUUGAAAGGUGUUGAGACAUUUGUUUAAUAUUCAGUAAUCAAAGGAAAAUUAAAUGUUCACGUGCAGUUGUGGAUGUUAAGGUUAUCGUAUAAGAAUGUUGCUUUCAUUCUAGAUGUUGAGGUAUAAAUUAUGAUACUGGUUUCUUCCAUCCACAUUUUUACUGGAAUACCAUGGUGGUAACUUGUAAUAUUACGACAAUGAAGCAGUGGCAACAUAUUACAUGGGAGAAGACUCAAACAAAAAUCUCGCCCCUGGUUGAGAUCCCCCUAUCUUACCAGGAGAGGAGUGUACUGUUCUGUUAGUCCCAGUUAUGGGUGGAAGGGACACUGGUGUCAUGUACUGUUGUAGACAUUGAAGUAAUUAUAAUCAAUAGGGCACUCAGGUCCUCUUAUGUUAGUGCCAUGUUACAUGAGUGAGGUGGGGGGGGAGGCUGUCCAAGUAGGCCAUAGGCCAGUAGUUAUUCUCCAGGUACUCCGGCUUUCCUCAACCUCCAAAACCUGGAACGUCCUUAAAUGAACCUGUCUCCUGUCUGUCAAUAGGCCGUUAAACAAAAUAAACCAAAAAAAAACAUAUUACAUAUCCUGCAUGUAUCUUAUUUGUUAUUUCAAGAUAUUUAUGAAUUUGAUAUAUUUGUGAUACAUUCCAGAAGACAUUGUUCAAUCAUUUAACAUAAACAAUGUUGACUUUAUAAUGUACAAUAAGCUAGGGUCAAUUAUACAGUGGUGGUUCUGUUGAAAAUUCAUGGUGUGUAUCAGAUGUAUGUGAGAUAGUCAUGUCAUUAAAAUUAUAUCUAAGUAGUUGUGAGAAAAAUGUCAUCAAAACAUUAGGUUCUGUACAUGAGAAAAAAGUAUGAUUAAAACAAGGGUCAGAUAUAUGAAUUCUAAAAGGUACAGGUAAAUUAGGCUUUAUUAUAAAGGGUACAGGUAAAUUAGGCCUUAUUAUAAAGGGUACAGGUAAAUAAGGCUGUAUUAUAAAAGGUACAUGUAAAUUAGGCUUUAUUAUAAAGGGUACAGGUAAAUUAGGCUUUAUUAUAAAGGGUACAGGUAAAUUAGGCUUUAUUAUAGAAGGUACAGGUAAAUUAGGCUUUAUUAUAAAAGGUACAUGUAAAUUAGGCUUUAUCAUAAAGGGUACAGGUAAAUUAGGCUUUAUUAUAGAAGGUACAGGUAAAUUAGGCUUUAUUAUAAAAGGUACAGGUAAAUUAGGCUUUAUUAUAGAAGGUACAGGUAAAUUAGGCUUUAUUAUAGAAGGUACACAGGUACAUUAGCUUUUAUCAUUAAAGGUACGAGUACAUUAGGCUUUAUUAUAAAAGGUACAUGUAAAUUAGGCUUUAUCAUAAAGGGUACAGGUAAAUUAGGCUUUAUUAUAGAAGGUACAGGUAAAUUAGGCUUUAUUAUAAAAGGUACAGGUAAAUUAGGCUUUAUUAUAGAAGGUACAGGUAAAUUAGGCUUUAUUAUAGAAGGUACAGGUACAUUAGCUUUUAUCAUUAAAGGUACGAGUACAUUAGGCUUUAUUAUAAAGGGUACAGGUACAUUAGGCUUUAUUAUAAAGGGUACAGGUACAUUAGCUUUUAUCAUUAAAGGUACAGGUACACAAGGCUUAUUAUAAAAGGUACAGGUACAUUAGAAAUGGGUGUUAUUAUUACAACAGUAUGUUUGUAUGUGGAUUCUGUCUUAAAAGAAAGGUUUGGGUAUGUGAGCAGAUUGUCAUUGAAGCAAUAUAAGUGUGUGUAGAAAAUCAUUUAAACACAAGGUCUUGGUGUGUGAGAAGGUUUUCAUUAAAACAAGAGAUGUGUGUGUGAGGAAAUGUCACAUCUAACUUUAUUUUUUUCAUGACUUGUUGAGUCUGUCUUCAUUUGAGGAAGCCUUGCUUUUUUCACUAUUUACACAGUAUCUUGGACAUUGUAUUAAUUACCUUUAAUUAUCGUAACCAUGGUAUUAAUUAUCUCUAACUAUGGUAACCAUGGUAUUAAUUAUCUCUAACUAUGGUAACAAUGCUGUUCAGUUAUCCCUAACUAUGGUAUCCAUGGUUUGAAAUUAUCUUUAACUAUGGCAACCAUGGCGUUAAAUUGUAAACAUGUAUUAAAUAAUCGUCAUUUUAAUGAUGACGUUGAAUUUUUCCUUACCAUUAAUUGUAAACGUGUGACAAAUAAUCAUUAACCCGUUUAGUGUUGGUGAUAAAUUAUCCCUUACCUUUGUAACCGAGAUGUUAGAAUAUUUCUAACCUCGUUAGCAAAGAUGUUGGACAUCCCUAGCUCUUGUAACUAUGGUAUUAAUGUAUCCCUUACCAUUGUAACCAUAGUGUUCAAUCAUUUCUAACCAUUGCAACCAUAGUGGUUAAUUAUUUCUAACCACUGUAACCAUAGUGUUUAAUUAUUUCUAACCACUGUAACCAUAGUGUUUAAUUAUUUCUAACCACUGUAACCAUAGUGUUUAAUUAUUUCUAACCAUUGUUACCAUAGUGCUGAAUUAUUCCUAACAAGUUUAACCUCAGUGUGGUGUUAAAUUUUCUUUAAAUAUUGUAGCCACGAUGUUAAAUAAUUCCAAAUGAUUUCAUAUUUUUCUUCGAUAAAUUCUUUUAAAUGCUAAAUACAUUUACAACUAUCAUACUAGCAUAAUGUUUAUUAUUAAUUUACAUGUGUUAAAUCAUAUAUACUAUAUAUUAUAGUAUACUGUGUAUCGGUGACGUCCUUCCUUUGUAAGUACACAAUUGUAUAUUGUGUAUGUUGUAGCUAGUGAUGGAAAUCGAUAUCACUUUCAGAAUCAAUAGUCAGAAACUCAAAAUCAAUCGUCGAAUAUGAACAGUUUAUUUAUUUUUGGCACAAAUACAUGAUUUUAUAGAAAAUUUAUGUACAUCUCAAGUACAUUUAUUAAACAUAUCAGCCUUUGUUAUAAUUUGUUUAAUGCUGAACACAAACCACUUAACAGUUGUAACUAUAGUAAUAUCAUUUCCUUGAUCGCUUGUAAAUGACCGAUGGUUUUACAAACACUUUCAGAAAUUUGCGAUUUAUUGCCUUUUCAGAGUCGUCACCAUUUUUUUUUUUUUUUUUUCUUAACCAAUAUUCUAUUAUUUUCUAUCUUCGCCCCACCACUAGCGCUGUAUGGUUACCUUUUCCUCUAUACGUUAAAUACUGGCGCUGGCUUUAACUGACUGGUUUCUUGGGCUUGGACUGAUUUCUUGGGCUUUGACUGACUGAUUUCUUGGGCUUUGACUGACAGAUUUCUUAGCCUUUGACUGUUUUCUGGGGUUUUGACUUACUGUUUUCUCGGGUUUAAACUUACUGUUUUCUUUGGCUUUGACUGACUGAUUUCUUGGGCUUUGACUGACAGAUUUCUUAGCCUUUGACUGUUUUCUGGGGUUUUGACUUACUGUUUUCUCGGGUUUGAACUUACUGUUUUCUUUGGCUUUGACUGACUGAUUUCUUGGGCUUUGACUGUUUUCUGGGUUUUGACCUACUAACAGGGGUUACGUUCACUUCACUGCCUGCACCUCGAUACUCUAGGAGUUACGUUCACUUUUUCACUCUCAGCACC